UUUUGAACAAACUUUUACUAACAAUAAACCCUAUAUAUAAUUCUUUUAAAAACUCAAUAUUUCACUUUCUUCUCUUUAAAAAAAUUAAUUACAUAAAAAUAUCCAUUUUGUUUAUCAACUGUAUUUCAAGCCCCCACGUUUUCCCUGUUCUUAUUGAGUCAAAAUUCAUGUCAUUUUUUUGGGCAGUUUUGGAUUCAACCCACGUUCUUGAUUUUUCUCUAAUUCACCUUUUUCUUGAUUUUUAAUCAUACCCUUUUGUUUCUUUUGUAUUGAAAUUGAAGAAAAAUCAAUUCUUUGUUCAAAUUACAGUUCAAGAUUUUGGUUUGGGAAAAUGUAUUGUGUUGAGAAAAUGUUUAAAGUUGGGAUUUUUUUGUUAUUUUUAAGUGGUGUUGAUGGAUUAGGAGUGAAUUGGGGAACUAUGGCAACUCAUAAAUUGCCACCAAAAACAGUGGUACAGAUGUUAAAGGAUAAUGGUAUUGGGAAAGUAAAGUUGUUUGAUGCAGAUCAAUCUACUAUGAGUGCUCUUGCUGGUAGUGAUCUUGAAGUUAUGGUUGCUAUUCCAAAUGAUCAGCUUUCUGCUAUGAAUGAUUAUGAUAGAGCUAAAGAUUGGGUUAAACGUAAUGUCACGCGUUAUAACUUCAAAGGAGGUGUCAAUAUUAAAUAUGUUGCAGUUGGCAAUGAGCCUUUCCUGACAUCCUACAACAAUUCCUUUCUUAACACGACUUUCCCAGCACUUCAAAACAUUCAAAAUGCUCUAAAUGAGGCAGGACUUGGGAGCUCUAUAAAAGCAACUGUGCCUCUAAAUGCUGAUGUUUAUUUCUCUCCAGACGACAAUCCCGUACCAUCUGCUGGGAGAUUUCGUGAAGACAUUAAUGAUCUAAUGACCCAGAUUGUUCAAUUCAUGAGCCAGAACAACGCACCUUUCACAGUAAACAUUUACCCAUUUCUAAGUCUUUAUGCGAAUGAGCAUUUCCCUGUUAAUUUUGCCUUCUUUGAUGGAGCCAGUAACCCAAUUGUUGAUAAUGGAUUAUCAUACACCAAUGUAUUUGAUGCCAACUUUGACACCCUGGUUUCAGCGUUGAAAGCAGCAGGUGUUGGCAAUUUGCCCAUUCUAGUUGGGGAAGUUGGAUGGCCUACAGAUGGUGACAAAAAUGCCAAUGUCAAUCUUGCUUAUCGUUUCUAUAAAGGACUGUUACCCAGGCUUGCAGCCAACGUUGGAACACCUCUACGGCCUGGAUUUAUCGAAGUUUACUUGUUUGGGCUUAUCGAUGAGGAUGGUAAAAGUAUUGCUCCAGGUAACUUUGAGCGCCACUGGGGAAUCUUCCGGUAUGAUGGGCAGCCAAAGUUUGCCAUGGACCUUACCGGUCAGGGACAAGAUAAGUUUCUUGUUGCUGCACAAAAUGUGGAAUAUUUAUCCAAGAAGUGGUGCAUGUUCAAUCCGAACGCCAAGGACUUGAGCAAACUUGCAGAUAACAUCAACUAUGCAUGCACAUUCUCAGAUUGCACAGCAUUAGGAUAUGGUUCUUCGUGCAACGGAUUGGAUGCCAAUGGUAAUGCAUCAUAUGCAUUCAACAUGUAUUACCAGGCUCAGAACCAAGAAGAAUUCAGUUGUAAUUUUCAGGGUCUGGCAACGUUGACAGAUCAGAACAUAUCUCAAGCAAACUGUAACUUCACCAUCCAGAUAGCUACGUCUUUCUCUCCGAAAUUAUUGCCUAUGUUUAUCACAUUUUUAACUGCCUUCACAUUCAUUUUACUAUAGAUAUCUUUAUAGAGUUUAUUUAUUUGUAAUAGUAGUUGUAUUUUCAAGAUUUCUGGCUACUUCAAUCAACUGAUGCUUGAUAAA